UGUGUGGGGAUGAAUGCGUGUGUGUGUGUGCUGCCAUGUUACGCAAGCAUUGCGAACUGUGGUGCGCUGUGUGGUGCGCUGUGUGUGUAUUGAGUACUGUGUGCUGUGGUGUGGUGUGGUGUAGUGUUGUGUGUGUGAGUCUGUAUGUGAAGCGUGUGGAUGGCUGCGUUUGCCGUGCUGCUGUGUGUGCUGGGGAUGGUGGGGUGCACCCAGGGGGAAUCGCUGCCCUCUGAACCCCAAUCACCAACCCAGGGGAACUUCAGCAUCGAGCGGUGGAUGGGCAAGUGGUAUGGUGUGGCCAUGGCGUGGACGUGUCCCUUUUGGAAGAGGACGAGAGGUGACACAGCCGUCCCCACCGUCUCCCUCAACUGGACAUCUAAUGACACUUUCAACUGCACCAGCACACAACCCAGGGCUGGUGUGUGUAAGCAGUAUUCCUACGAGUACCAGCUGACCCAAACUCCAGGCCGAUUCCAUUACUACUACCCCGAGUGGGAUGCUGAUGUGGAUGUGUAUGUUCUGGCCACAGACUAUGAUCACUACGCCCUGCUGCUCAGGCUGGAACACAAGCGCAACUCUGACAAGAGAGGCGCCUCAGUCACCCUCUACGGCCGUUCUCCUGAAGUGCAGCCGUCGGCACUGGAGCAGUUCACCAGCGCAGCAGCAGACCAGGGUCUAGAUGAGGAGAGCACUGGCUACAUGAAGAACACAGGUGAGUGCUUCAUGGAGGAGGAGCCAGAGCCAGCGUCGGCGUCGGUGGCCUCACCUGCGGCACAGGUGUGACAGAUGGACCACGCUGGGAAUUCCGAAAAGAAGCUGUCUGUCACAUGGCUGUCACAUGGGUGUCAAAGAUUUUCUUGGUUCUUCUCAAUAGAUCGUCUGACUUUGUGGCUGUCACAUGCACUCACAUUGGAAAUGUCCACAAUAACUCACCUGAACCAGCAGCCAUAAUGAUCCAUGUAAUGACUGAUAAAGUUUUGAUUAAAGCUUCCCUUGUCUUCAAAA